UUCGAGACGCACAGCGAAAAGUCGGGAUUUACAUACGCACCAAGUCAGGACGCAAAACGCGAAACGCAAAACGUGAAACUCAAAACUCAAGACGAGAUGAAGGUGUUCAUUGUACUCUGCGCAUUGGUGGCCUGCGUUUCCGCAGGAGUGGUGCGAUCCUCGGGCUGGGGAUCGAAUCCCUGGGGCGGCAGCAGUUCGGGAUGGAACAGUGGCUGGAGUGCCCAGCAGCCGCAGGUGAUCAAGGUCAUCAAAUUGGGCGGAGGAGGCGGUGGUGGUGUCUGGGGAGGCGGCAACUCUGGAUGGAGCAGUAACGCUGGAUGGGGUGGAAACUCUGGAUGGGGCGGUGGCAACUCCGGAUGGGGCAGCGGCAACUCUGGCUGGACCAGCGGCAACUCCGGAUGGGGCGGCAACUCUGGCUGGGGCGGCAACUCUGGCUGGGGCGGCGGCAACUCUGGAUGGUCGAGUUCCGGCUCCAACAGUGGCUGGUGGUGAAGGACUAGGACUAGGAGUCACCAUGGCUAGGAGACCAAGCUCCAGCAACCCAAUCACAAUCCCAAUACCAAUCCCGAAUCCCGAAUCCCGAAUCCCAAACCCCCUCUCUUUGCACCUGGUUCACACUUCACGAUUUUGUAACAUAGUUUUUAAGUUCCCCUUUUUUUUUGUAACAAAUAAAUAAACAAAGUAAAUGCAUAAAUGCAA